GGUCCCUGCCUUUGGCCGCCGCCCAGCUUACACUGCACCGACCCCUUUGGCCCCUCCCACAGGUGGUGAGCCCAUGGGAAGGGGGACCCACAUUUCCUUUUUGGGCUGUGCCUGGCCGGAGCCCAUGGGCGAAGGCCCGGCCACCAGACGCUCACCUUCGAGCCCCGCCUCCAGGCCGGGCUCCAGAGGGGGGCUCUGUGACCCGCGUCCGGGCGAGGGAAAACGAAAUCCAUUUAUGUUAUUCAUCAUAAGGGGCUUGUGUGAGCCGUGCUUUGUCUGGCCCCUCACCUAGGACCCGUUUGCCAUGGGUGACCCUACCAGGGGCAUGAAACCCCACACAACAUGGCUCCUAGGAUCAUAGGGGCACGCAAACACCUCCACCACGAUAAGGUGACGACUCACGGAGGGGCUACCCCUAUCCAUUACUUAUUAUUAUUAUUGUUCUGCCCCGAAACUUGUCUGUUCGGUGUUCGACAGAUAGACUUUUAUUUUGAAGGCGAUGUCUAGCAGGAAGUCGGCCGUCGGCCAUUUUUGUCGUAAUCACAACAAGCCGUGGGCAGCUAGUGCUAGUCAAGUGUUCAUCCAUGGUCAUCCUUGUUUCUGUUUGUGCCUUCGACAUCAUCGUCUAGUUCAAAGGAUCCGGCAAUCCACAGACCCAAAGCAAUGGCGGUACGUGCCUACGGAACACAACCCAGCUGACCAUGCCUCCAGAUCGGUUCAAGCCUCCAUCCUCACACAAACCAACUGGUUCACAGGUCCAGCCUUUCUAUACAAACCACAAGCAGCCACUGAGCAUCAACAGUCAUUUGAAAUCAUCGAUCCAGACUCAGAUGUGGAGAUCCGACCACAAGUAACAAGUUGCGUGACGGGCCAAAGAGACAAGCGCUUGGAUCCAAAGAGAUUUGAAAGAUUCUCAUCUUGGAAGUCCUUGCAAAGAGCAGUGGCAACUCUUCUCCAUGUAACUCGUUCUUUUAAGUCAACAAACCAGGAUGUCACUGUAUGUUCUGGAUGGCACCUGUGUUCAAAGCCUCACAGUGUCGAUGAGUUGUCAAAAUCAUCUGAAGUCAUCCUCCGUGCUGUACAAAGAGCCUGCUUUUCUGAAGAAUACGACUCCCUCUCCAAGGGGCAAGACGUUAACAAGAAAAGUUCAUUGUCAAAACUAAAUCCUGUUAUAGCCCCAGAUGGCUUGUUGAGGAUUGGAGGGAGACUGAAGCUGGCAGAUCUCAGCGAUCCUGAAAAACAUCCAAUCAUUCUGCCAGGUAAACAUCAUGUGUCCACAUUGCUCAUAAGGCAUCAUCACGAACGGGUUGAACACCAAGGCCGAAGUUUCACAGAGGGCGCUGUACGAGCCGCUGGCAUUUGGUUGAUUGGUGGUAAGAGACGCAUAAGCAGUAUUUUACAUGGAUGUGUCACCUGUCUUAAACUUCGUGGAAGAAGAGAGAGGCAGAAAAUGUCGGACCUUCCCCAAGAACGGUUGAGCACUUCACCUCCCUUUACAUACACUGAGGUGAUUGAGUCCAUGGAUACUUCCUCCUUCAUCAACUCCCUGAGAAGGUUCUUUGCAAUCCGUGGCCCUUCUCAACAGCUACACUCAGACCGUGGAACCAACUUCAUUGGUGCUUGUAAAGAGCUGGAGUUUGAGAAAGUUCUGAAGGAAUCAGAGGUCCAAACAUACACCAACACUGGGAAGUUCACCGACAAAGACUUGUUCAAGCAGCAGUGGCGCCAGGUACAAAGGUUGGCUGAUCAAUUCUGGAGUCGCUGGAGGCGCGAAUACCUGCACACUCUGCAAGUUCGACACAAAUGGCAGGAAUCCAGACCUAACAUUGAAGAUGGGGAUGUCGUUAUGUUGAAGGACAGUAAAACGUGUCGUCACGACUGGCCCAUGGCCCUUGUGACUAAGACCUUUCCUGGACGUGAUGGAAGAGUUCGCAAGGUCGAGAUGAGAGUUGUUAAAGAUGGAUCCAUGAAGAAGUUCUUUAGACCAGUUACGGAGAUUGUUCUGCUUCUGAAAAGGCAGGACUGA